AUGUCAAAUAUUCAUAAUCUUAUGGAGAAGCUGGAGACCAGCCAACCUCAACGGCCCAAGCAAGAGUCAGAGGAGGACCCGUCCAUUCCUGGCGCGUUUCCGACUGAGAGAGUACCUUUACCGCCUACGAGGACAGACACAGAGAUUAUUAGUCCACCUGUCAUUUCGAAGGAUUAUGGGGCCUCGAAGGAGGACAAGUCCAAGUCUGAGGCGUCUUCGCCAACAACGUCCCACCCAUUCUUCUUCACCAGCCAUUGCAGCCAACCUUUUAUGAGCAGGACCACCAGAAGGCAUACUCUAAGCCUUGACGUGCCCCCGCCAGGACGCCGUCUUUCUACGUCAUACGGUGAUCCUGGAACUUCACCGACUAGGCCUAGCCUCGAGUCCAUAUCUUCAUCACCUCCAAAGCCAACUCGUGCUAUCCCACCGCUGCCCGAACAACCGCCUUCUCAGGUGCAUCCUCUGCCAUCCCUUCAAGAGCAACAGCCCAAGCAUGUCACCAUUCUGCGACAGUCUCCUCAAGCCCAACAGGUGCAACCGUCCCCUCACCUGCAAGAACAGGUUCAACCUCAAGAUACUCAGAGUCAGCCGAGUAUCCCAGGUCACAUUCCCGACCAUGAGCUCUGGCCUGGAACGCAUCAUGUUGAUAUGCCGUCGACGGAGGUGCCAUCUGGCUCUUUGGGCGGAGUAGGCGUUGGAUCUCUUCCAGGACAAAACACCGAAGAGGCUGUCGCGCUUUUGCCUGAGGAGCGCAAACUCGAGACGGCUGGGGAAGAAAAGAUUACUCAUCAUGGGCACCGACACCAUCAUACUCACCAUAUUCCAGAUCAUGAACUCUGGCCCGGCGCUCACCAUAUCGACAUGCCAUCAUCAGAAAAGCCUUCUGGUUCUCUUGGUGGCGUUGGUGUCGGCUCUCUUCCUGGGGAUAAGAAUGAAGAAGGUGUAGCGCUUUUGCCAGAGGAACGCCAACCUAAGGGGGAAUCUCAGAAAGCGCACACCACUCAUGGCUUCGGUCACCACCAUCACGGACAUCACCACAUUCCUGACCACGAACUUUGGCCUGGAACGAGCCACCAUGUCGAUAUGCCGUCCACUGAGGUUCCAUCUGGCUCCCUAGGCGGCGUGGGUGUCGGUUCUUUGCCAGGUAGAAAGACCGAAGAAGGUGUGGCGCUCUUGCCAGACGAGCGUGAGCAAGAGCAUAUCCACCCCCAUCGUAGAGGACACGGGCACGGACAUCGGCACGCUCAUAUUCCUGAUCAUGAACUCUGGCCGGGUAUAAGCCAUCAUGUUGAUAUGCCAUCUACUGAGCGACCUUCUGGGCCCUUGGGAGGUGUUGGUGUUGGUUCUUUGCCGGGGAAUAUGAGCGAAGAAGGUGUAGCGUUGUUACCUGACGAACGCGGCGAAGGCAAGAAACAUUUCGAGCAUGGAGGCCAUGGCCAUCAUGGACAUGGACAUAUCCCUGACCAUGAGUUGUGGCCAGGUAAGGUUCAUCACGUCGACCUUCCGACAAAGGAGUUUCCCUCUGGAUCUAUAGGAGGUGUUGGGGUGGGCUCUUUACCUGGGUGGAAUACCGAAGCUGGUGUUGCGCGGACGCCUGAAGAACGGAAGCUUGAGCACCUUCACCAUGGACACGUUCAUCAUCAUGCGCACCAACACAUCCCGGAUCAUGAAUUAUGGCCUGGCACACAUCACGUCGACAUGCCGUCGACCGAACAUCCGUCGGGAUCGUUAGGAGGGGUUGGAGUGGGAUCGUUACCUGGGCGAAAUACGGAAGAAGGCGUAGCUAUAACCCCAGAAGAGAGGAAAAUCGAGCAUAUCGAACCUCACGGACACGGACAUGGCCACGUCCAUACACACCAUCGCAUUCCAGACCACGAAUUGUGGCCGGGUGGUCGCCACAUCGAUUUGCCAAGCACGGAGCGUCCCUCCGGUAGUUUAGGGGGCGUUGGUGUGGGCUCCUUACCUGGGUCAAACACGGAGGCGGGCGUUGCGAGGACACCUGAAGAACGAAAACUCGAACAAGCGAUGCACCCUUGGGGUACAGGUAUUGGACACCACCACCAUCAUCGCCAUGCCCAUAUUCCCGACCAUGAGCUUUGGCCAGGUGCAAACCGGCAUGUCGAUAUGCCAAGCACCGAACAUCCCUCUGGGUCUUUGGGGGGCGUUGGCGUUGGUUCUCUUCCAGGGAACAACAAUGAAGCCGGUGUGGCUAUUCUUCCUGACGAACGCAAGGCGGAGCACUUGAGCUCGCAACACCAUUUGCAUAUACACCACCAUGGACACUCCGUUGGGCACCGUAUUCCUGAUCACGAGUUAUGGCCUGGCACGAACCAUCACGUCGACAUGCCUUCCACAGAGAAACCUUCGGGAUCUCUCGGUGGAGUUGGGGUUGGCUCAUUGCCCGGACCUACGGGAGAAGUUGGUGUCGCCCUCCUCCCAGAUGAACGUCGCAUGAUGCCGGGCAAGCAUCACAAGAAUCAUAUCCCAGACCAUGCGCUGUGGCCAGGCAAGAGUCAUCACGUUGAUAUGCCGAGCAAAGAAAAGCCUUCUGGGCCAUUGGGGGGCGUCGGUGUUGGGUCCUUGCCUGGGGAUAUAACUGAAGAAGGCGUUGCACUUUUGCCUGAUGAGAGGGUAGGGGGAGAUGUCACUAUCGCCCUUGGAGAUGCUAAGAUUGUCGCGGCUGCUCAUGAAGCCACAUCGGCAUCUACGAUUCGCGAGAAAGGUCCUCACCGCCCUGGGCUCCGUGAGGAACCUCUGACGAUCUUCAACGCUGAUGAAAAGGCCGAGUUAUCCAGGGAGGAGGAGGAAGAGCGGAGGGAGGGGCAAAGGAGGGGCGAAGAACGAAUGAAGAUGAUGGAAGACACUGUGCACAGGGUGGAGGAGGCGGCGUCUAAUGUCUUCCAUGAAGCGGCCACGGUUAUGCAUGAGGUAGAAGAGGUGGUAGAGGAGGUGGCCGAAGAAAUUUACCACGGCGCAGAAAGGGUCUUGCAUGACGCCGGAGAGAAGGCUAAAGCAUACGUUCCUGCAUCCGUUGGUGCUUAUUUGCCUGGUCGAGACCGAGGUAGGACUGUGACGGGGCCAGGUGAUGAAUCUAUGGAAGAGAUUACAAUCGCGGGAACGACUAUUCCUCUCUACCCUCGCGAGGAGUGGCAUCUCAAGCCAACCCUACAAUACAAUGAGAGCGGACAACGUGUGGUGCUGAAUGAACAGGGAGAGGAAGAGGUCGUAGAGGAGGAAGAGUCAGAGGAGGAGGGCUGGGAUGGGUAUGGUGGUAUGUCGUCGAAAGAAGGUAGGGGUAAGGUGGAGAAAGGGAUGGGAUCGGAGCAGAGGGUUGAGACCGUAGGUGGCCGUCCUGGUGUUGAGGUCGGGUAUGGCGGUGUGGAGUUCAGGAGGGAAGCAGGCGACCAGGGCGUGUUACCCGGGUAUCCGACGCCUGAGGGCAUGAGAACCCUUGUUUCCGAUCGCAUGAGGGAUGACAGGCUGCGAGCCAUGCAAGGCUUCUCCCCAUCGGCUUCUCCGUCUGAGUCGGGUGCAAGCACUCGCGCAGUUCGUGGCUCCGUUUCCGACCUGGGAUCUGGGAGAAGUACACCAGCCGCAUUGCUUGCUGAGCCGGAAGCGGCUGCGAUUGGCGUCUAUUCGGUCGCUGGUGAGAUCCCCGAUGAGGACAUUGCUUCCACGGAACCUUUACUGGGGCCGGAGAGAGCGGCAGAGGCAAAGGAAAAAGAGAAAGAAAAGACGAAGAAAUCAGCCGGCAUUAGUAUUCUUGGGACUCCCGUGACUGAAGAAGAGAUCGGGAGAAGAGCCAUUAACUGAACGCUUGUCGUUGUUCAAGUCCCUUCAAAAAAAAACAAUGUGUGAUUU